AUGGCUUCAAUUCCAGUAAUGGCUUCUUUAUCAAACAUUUUCUUCAACGAGGAGGCAGCCCUCAGAUAUCUCCAAGACGAGAGAAUUAUUAAAAGAGAAAUGGAAUGUCCAGAGUGUGGUGGAGCAACAACUUUUCAAAGAGCAAAGCUUCUCUUCAAAUGUACUAAGAAAAGCUGUAGAAAGAGCGUAAGUGCCAAGAAUGGAACUUUUUUUGGUGGCCAACGCCUUCCUUUUGGUAAGAUUCUACACAUGGCUUACCUAUGGUUGUGUAGAACUCCAGUAACAUCAAUAAAAGAUCAAUGUGGACAUAGUAGUGCUACUGUUUGCUCAUUUAUGGGCUAUUUCCGUCAACUUGUGGCGGAUGCUUUAGAUACCGAGGAUUGUGUUAUCGGUGGAGAAGGCAUCGUUGUGGAAAUAGAUGAAACCAAAAUGGGCAAACGGAAGUACCAUAGGGGGCACCCUGUAGAUGGAGUCUGGGUUGUGGGCGGUGUGGAAAAGACGGAGGAAAGACGCGUUUUCGCUGUUCCUGUUGAAAAACGGGACAGUGAAACGCUUCUUGACGUCAUAAAGAAGCACGUCAAACCUGGCUCCAUCAUCCACACUGAUCUUUGGCGAGGUUACGAAGGAAUUGAGGAAAAAUUGGGGUUCAAGCACUGUACGGUAAACCACAGUGUAAGUUUCAAGGAUCCAGAAACUGGUAUUCAUACGAAUACUAUUGAAGGAACGUGGAACGGCUUCAAAAUAAUGAUUCCGGCACGCUCAAGAACAAAAAAGGACAUGGAGGAACGAUUAUGGGAAUUUGCCUGGCGCCGGGCAAAUAAAAAAAAAUUAUGGGCCGGCUUUCUCGAUGCUUUACGGGAAGUCGUUUAUAUUAAUAAAUAA